AUGGGGGAUGAAAUAUACAACUAUGAUGAUGAGUACGAUUCAAUUUAGAUAGAAAAAUAAUAUUCGUUAUAAGGUGUAGAGAUCCUGGAUAUAAAGGAUGUCAUUUAAGAGAUUGAAUAAGAUGUUCAAGAUCUCAAAGAGAAGUUGUAUUUCAAUGAGGACAACACAUAUGAACUACUCAUGCACUACAAUUGGAAUAAAGAAGACAUCACAACGAAUUACUUCAAUAACUAAGAGGCAUUAUUGGCUGAAUUAAGGAUGAAAGGCAUUGUCAACAAUCAUGAUGGAAUCACCUUUAAUGGAGUCAAGGGAUGUUGUUCAGUGUGUUUUUUUGAAGGGAAUUUGAUUGAAUUGGGAUGCACUCAUAGAUUUUGCGAGUCUUGCAUCUCGCAGACGAUAAAGUAGAGAGUGCUUUAGGAUAAAUUCUUGGUAGUGAGAUGCUUAUAGAACGGAUGCAAUUACAGAUUGCCAUUUUCGAUGAUUAGAAAAUAUUCAAAUGCCCAUGAGUUUGAGAAUUUACUAUGCAGAAGAUUCGUAGAUUGUUCCAGAUAUCUCGCAUAUUGUACUGGAGUGGAUUGCAAUAAGAUUUUGAAACCUCAAUGCUCAUCAGUGAAGGAAGUUACUUGUGUAUGCUAGAAUAAAUUCUGUUUUUAUUGCAAAGAAGAUCUUCAUCCUCCAUGUCCUUGUGAUUUGGUUAAAAAAUGGGUGGCUGAAAUCAAAAAGGAUGAGGCCAAUGUCAGAUGGAUUGUCGUUAACACAAAAUCAUGUCCCUUUUGCAAGAAACCAGUCGAGAGAUCUGAAGGCUGCAAUUACAUGAUGUGUAAACCUCCAGGAGGUUGUGGUAAGGCUUUUUGUUAUAUUUGCUCUCAACCUUGGGAACCUGAUCAUAAAGAUCAUUUCAAAUGCAACAAAUAUGUGGCUCCUACUGCCAAUAUCGAAAAGGAGAAAGAAGUUUUGCAACGCUAUAAUUUCUAUUAUGAAAGAUUCUUAAACUCUUAGGCUGCCAAGGAAAAAGCUAUGCAAAGAUUAAAAUAAAUCAAAGAAUAAUAUAUCAUCUCUAUCUUCAAGCAUUACUAAUUCACAUAUUAAGAUAGUCAAUUCUUAGAGGAAGUAAUGAAAGAACUAAUUCAAUCCAGAGUCGUACUAAAAUGGUCCUAUUGUAUAGGUUACUACAUAUCUAAAACGAAUUAAUAGUCUGCCAAAUUGUUUGAUCACUACCAAGAAAUCUUUGAACAUGCUUGCGAAACAUUGGCCAUCUCUUUGAUUAAGUUGUUUGAUGAAAUCGAAAAAUUGGACCACAAACAAUCUGAUAAACCCAUCCAUGAAUAAAAAAAAGACUUCAUAGAAAAAAAGGAGAAAAUCCAAAAUGCUUCCUCAAAAUGUUGUAAAAUGAGACAGAAUCUAGAGACAGCUAUCUAUCAAGGGGAAAUUUACAUGUGA